CUAAUGUAAAUAAUUUAAAGUUCUGUAAAUUAGUUUCCAGCGGAGUAAACCACACAGCAGCAUCACACCUACAGAGGAAGGAAGUCGUGUUUAACUGCUCUGACAAACAAAGUCGCUCUCACAUCACCGAGAGGCCGAAUGGACCAAACAUCUCUUCUGUGGCUCUUUGUGAGCUCUCUGCUGUUCUGCACAACAAACCAAGCCUCUCUGACUGUGAGUCCCAGCAGCUCUCAGAUGUUUAAAGGAGAGUUUGUCUCUCUGAGCUGUGAGGAGGACGACAGCUCUGCUGGAUGGAAGCUGAGGAGGAACACAACCAGAGAAACCAGGAAGGAGUGUGGAGACGGCUGGGGAAGAUCAGCUGGUUCCUCCUGUAUCAUAAGUCUAAUAGUCCCCACAGACAGUGGAGUUUACUGGUGUGAGUCCAGAGAGGGAGCAACCAGUAACAGCAUCAGCAUCACUGUCACUGGUGGACCAGUGAUCCUGCAGAGUCCUGUCCUCCCUGUGAUGGAGGGAGAUGAUGUCACUCUGCACUGUAAAACAAAGACCUCCAACCUCCCAGCUGGUUUCUAUAAAGAUGGCUCCUUCAUUAGGACUGAGUCUGCAGGUCACAUGACCAUCCACCAUGUUUCCAAGUCUGAUGAAGGCCUCUACAAGUGUAACAGCAGCAGUCAUGGAGAGUCUCCAUCCAGCUGGAUCUCUGUCACAGCUUAA